GGGCCGGCCGGGUGGGGAGUGCGGGUCGGUUCUGUGUGCGCUGUCGGACGAGGCUCUCGCCGCCGGUUGACCCGCGCUCCGCCCCGUAGCCGGGCCGGGAUCCUGGGAGCUAAUGUCAGAAGAAAGUGACUCUCUGAGAACCAGCCCUUCUGCGGCCUCACUUUCGGAAAGUGAGCUGCCGCUGCCCCCCACGCCCGCCGGCUAUGUGUGCUCGCUGACCGAGGACCUGGUGGCCAAAGCCAGGGAGGAACUGCAGGAGAAGCCAGAAUGGAGGCUCCGCGAUGUCCAGGCCCUCCGGGACAUGGUGCGCAAGGAGUGCCCGAACCUGAGCACCUCCCUCGAGGAUGCCUUCCUGCUGCGCUUCCUCCGAGCCCGCAAGUUUGACUACGACCGGGCCCUCCAGCUCCUGAUCAACUACCACAGCUGCCGGAGAAGCUGGCCCGAAGUCUUCAACAACCUGCGGCCCUCGGCCUUGAAAGAGGUCCUGGCUUCCGGAUUCCUCACUGUACUGCCCCACACCGACCCCAGGGGCUGCCACAUCCUCUGCCUCCGUCCAGACAGAUGGAUCCCGAGCAACUAUCCAAUUACCGAAAACAUCCGAGCCAUAUACCUGACAUUAGAAAAACUCAUUCAGUCUGAAGAAACCCAGGUGAAUGGAAUUGUAAUUCUUGCAGACUACAAAGGAGUGAGCUUAUCAAAGGCAUCUCAUUUUGGCCCUUUUAUAGCCAAAAAGGUGAUUGGCAUCCUUCAGGAUGGUUUCCCCAUUCGGAUAAAAGCAGUCCAUGUAGUGAAUGAACCUCGAAUAUUUAAAGGCAUUUUUGCCAUCAUAAAACCGUUUCUGAAGGAGAAAAUAGCAAACAGAUUUUUCCUUCAUGGGUCUGACCUGAACUCUCUCCAUUCAAACCUUCCAAGAAACAUUCUCCCCAAGGAGUACGGGGGCACAGCCGGAGAGCUGGACAUCACCGCCUGGAACGCGGCGCUGCUGGCCUCGGAGGAGGACUUUGUGAGGGAGUUCUGCCAACCUGGCCCUCCCUGCGACAGCAUCCUGGGCCAGGCCUUGCCGCCCGAGGGGCUGAGCUCAGAGGCGCCAUGUGAUGACUCCAUGUGGGCUGUGAAAUCACAGCUGUACUCCUGCUACUAGCCAGUCCCCUGUGAAUGUCACCACCUUUAAAACCUUUUCUUCUUUCUUUGGAGAGGUCCAAGGAGAAUUUGAGGUACCAUGGAUUGUCUUGCUCCUUGGAACGGAACUGCAGUGUGGAGGAAAAGCCUGUAGGGCUCUGAGGUACGCCGCGGGGUGAGGCUUUGGUUACUUGAAUGACUCCUAUGGAAGACAUGGAGAAAGCUCCCCCAGCGAUUCCAAACGUUUGGAAUCCCAGCGUGCAGCCCUUCAUCUGAAGCCGUAUCUGGUUUUGACACAGCUCAAAGCAAGAAAAAUCAGGACCAAAGUCACUUUGAUCCCAUGUUCCAAGAGAAAACAACCUGAUUGGCCAGUCAGCACACACCUAUGAAACAGUUUGACCGAGGCUGCAAAGUGGCCACACGUGAGACAAUGGGAGUUUGUGUUCUUCACAUGAACCCUAACUGCAGACCUCUGUGCUCAUCAAGAAACUUUAAGUGUUAGUCCAUCACUGGGUCUGGAAAGCACCUUUACUGAAUCAUGCAAGCACCCAGACAGAAGCAGCACCUCCUGAUCAAAUUCGGGAGCCAGGGACCUCACGUACCUCUGGGAUUCGUGGGUUGAAUCUUGCAAUAGAAACUUAAAGUUUUCCCAAACCCAUAAAGCCUUAGGCCUGGUUCUCAAUGGAAUCAUACAUGAUCCUAGAUGUACGUGAUUUUACUCAACCUAAAAGACUGGAUGCCAGGCCUGUGUAGCUAAAAGAAUUCUGGGGGCUUCCCUGGUGGCGCAGUGGUUAAGAAUCCGCCUGCCAAUGCAAGGGACAUGGGUUCGAGCCCUGGUCCGGGAAGAGCCGCAGAGCAACUAAACCCGUGCGCCACAACUACUGAGCCUGCGCUCAAGAGCCUGCGAGCCACAGCUACUGAGCCCGCGUGCCACAACUACUGAAGCCCACGUGCCUAGAGCCCGUGCUCUGCAACAAGAGAAGCCACCGCAAUGAGAAGCCCGCGCACCGCAACGAAGAGUAGCCCCUGCUCGCCGCAACUAGAGAAAGCCCGCGCGCAGCAACGAAGACCCAACGCAGCCAAAAAUAAAUAAAUAAAUAAAUUUAUUUAAAAAAAUAAAAUAAAAUAAAAGAAUUCUGGCCUAAGAAUUAAGAGACCUGGGCCUCAGCUUUCUCAUCUGUAAAAUGAGGCUGAAUGAAGUGAUCCCGAGGGCCCUUUUGGCUACUACCGAGGUUGUGGGAUUUGGUUUAGUGAUUGAUUGAACGUUAGACGUCGGUUUUCUGCCUAGAAAGAGGACUCUCUAGAUACCAGUGGUUGGAUCCUGUUUUUUGUAGUACGCCUGGGCCUUUCCAAGAGGGAUGCGUCAUUUUUUGGCCUUGCCUUUAAAGAAACAGUGGACUGAGCAAUCCCCAUUUUCUUUUCAUGGUGAGGGUUAAACUUAAAAAGGAUGGCCUUUGUGAGGGCAGGUGAGAUGCCCAGAAUCUUGGAUGAAUUCCUUCCAUUCCUGAGACUCGGCGGUAUAUUUUAAACCUGGCAAUGGGGAAUGGUUAACUUCCUUGGGAUUCUUAGAUUUUGGCUUCUGGAAAUGAACGCAAGGGCAAGUUAUUCUGGGACCUCCACCCUCACCGCUGCCACCCCAGCCCACUUGAGUUUCUCUCUCUCGCGUUCGGCCAGACUGAAUGUUAGUUCUGCAUUUCAGCACUUUAGACCCUUUCUGUCAAGAAUUUAGCCUUAGCCCACGCAUCAAAUUAAGUGGUUCAUCUGAAGGCUUUUGACCUAUUUCCCUUCAUAUUCAUUCCAUGCAAAUGGUGGUGUUAAAAAGUGACAAGUGGGACUUCCCCUUCCCCGGCGGCCCAGUGGUUAAGACUCCGCGCUUCCAGUGCAGGGGGCGCUGGUUUGAUCCCUGGUCGGAGAACUAAGAUCCCAUAUGCUGCGUGGUGUGACCAAAAAAAAAAAAGUGACAAGUACCACGCGUUGUGUGUGUACCUUCUCCGUGCAUUUGUUAGAGCAGCAGGCAAGGUGGACGGCUCAGUUAGGAUUAGAACAGUCCUCUGAAACUCAAAGGCCAGUCAGGUGUUAAUAAGCUGUUCAUCUCUCUAGCACUUUUAAAAAUGUCUGGAGAAGUUGUUGGUGGAAAUGACUUACCUCAUUAGUGCCAAUUCUAUGGAGAAUUCUUUUCACCAUAGAUGCCAACCCUGGAUGUUCUAGGGACCUGGCUGAGCGGGAAGUGUCAAAAUGCAUACCCCUGGCUGCCUCUAGUCCGAUCUGACAAUGAUGGUGUGACCAGCAUUGCUGGAAAGGUCUAAAUAGGACAAGUGGGAUGGCUAUAGUAGAGGGUUCAGAACUCAACUGCCUGGAUGGGAGAGUUGGUUAGAGGCUUUCUUAGGUCCCAAAGAGGACAGAGUGAUUAAAAAACAAAACAAAAAGGUUAGACAUGAAUCGUUCAAGUUUCCAAGGUUUAAACUGUGCAUUGCAUUGCUGGCCAAUUGCCUUUGUCUACAUGUCUUAACAUAGGGAUGACCAAGCUCACCUAGAGAAAUUUCUCAAAGACCACGAAGGAUGUUGCCCUUUUCCCAGGCCUUCCCAGUUGGAUCAAGGAGCUGUUUCAUUCAGCUUCUGAAAGGAGUCAGAGCCAAGGGUUAUCUACCUUCUGGAGCUGCUGUGUUUUAUGUUGGCUCCAGAGAGAUCAAAUGGUUUUGGCACCUCAGGAGGUUUGAACCAAGCUGUGAAACCAGGACCUCCCUGGGUGGAGAACACGGCGGUCUCCGCAUGGCUUCACCAGGCAUCUGUGUGAAGUUGCCCCAGGCAGGGCAGGGGAAUGACCACAGGAGCACCCUGGGAGCUUCACUCAGCAGUGAGGGCACAGUGAUGGAGCAAGUAGUUGAACACCUGGAGAACUGCGAGUGUUUUCCUUCAGGGAAAAGUUCUGAUCCAUUUCACAAACACCUGAAAAUGAACUUUUCCCGCAAUUCCAGGUAGCAUGGCACAGGUAAGGGAAAGGAAUAGUAAACCAGGAGACCCGAGUUCCAGCUUUACUUUGCCACGUGGCCUCAGAUCAGCCACCAAACAUCCCUGAAUCAUCAUACGAUAAAGGGGGUCUACACUCGGAGCUCUGAACCCUCUGUUCCUGGCAUAAGAGGCUUUGUUCUUUUUUUCUCCGCAUCUGGGUGAUUCUUUAGGAAAUUUAGGUCUGAAUGAACUGACACCUAAAGCUUCCAAAUGAAUCUGUAAGCUUGAGAAAUUUGGGGGGGUGGGGGGCGUGUUCUUCCUCUCUUCUACACAGAAUUCUGGAAAAUUGUGCCUCUUCCUGGAAUCCUGUUCUACCUUCACGGCCAGAGACUGGAAGAAAUCUACAGAAAUAGCCACAAGUGCAACCCUGGCUUCCCCUCUUGAGUUUCUUAUUUGCUCUUGGCAAAGGUGGCUUCAGCUCCCUAGUACUUCAUCCUGCUUUCACAAGGAGCCGCCUGUCCUUAGAGGUUUACAAACACUUCAGUUCACAAGAUACUACAUUUUUGCCAGAAAUAGAGUCAGGGUAAUAAGAGAGAUUUUCCCUGAAUUCCUAUGAGGUAUUGAGCCUUUCAGAAUUUUUCCUGGGUGGGCCUCUGCUUUAAAUGCCAUCUGAUUCUCAGAUCAGUCACGGGAUUGCUUUUUCAUUUGGGUAGCACCGCAUAUUAAGGUGUUCCUUUGAAACCUUUUCUUUCAUUUAGGAAGUAAAAUGUUCGCUAAGGUAAUGAUGUAAGUAUGGCUGUCCCAUGGCAUGAGAGGUGUGGAGAUAGCAAACGGAAACAUAUCGACUGUUCAGGAAAGAUGUCAGUUCUGGUCAUCCUUUUCAGUAUUGGGAUCUGUGAAUUUUGUUAAUCUCAAGUAAAUUCCCUUCUGCUCUCCUGACUCAGAAAUGGUUUGCUUGAAAUACAAGUAUUCAACAACAUCAGAGCCAAAUAUUCUUCCUUUAUAGAGCUUGCUCCAUGGGAAGGCCCAGGGUGAUUUGUGGAUGGAGAUGCGAGUGACCUUUUUCCUCUUUGCCAAGUAGCUGCUUUUCCUUUCAUUUCACAGGGCGCCAUGUUUAGUUGGGCAGUUAAGUAGCUGCCACUGGGAUUCUUGUGGAUAUGCCUCGGCCUCUUGGCAUAUCAGGUGGGAACCUGUUACAAGUGAAAUACUUGAAAAUUCUCUGGGGCCAAGAGCCUCUGACACCACUCUGAAGGGGUGAGAGGUGGACUAAUUUUGUGACCAGAUUGGGGCACCAUUUCGGCCACUGGUCGCAUUCCUCGCUUCAAACUGAAAUUCAGUUUGGCUUCAAGUAUAGGGACACAUGGUGGUGGAUUCAUCUACUUCAGUGUUUGUUUUGAUCAAAAGUUUAUUUUUCUAGUGAAUUUUCUAAGUCAAAAUGGUGAAAACAUGUAAUUUUAGUAU